GCUGGUGAUGGAAUUUCAUUCUUCUGACUUCUAGAUUGCCUGUGAAGAGCUGCUUCCUUGGAAGAGCACCCUAAGGUUGGGUGGCCACUAUCCUUUGCCUUGGCAGAGCCCGCCAGAAGGCCUAGGCACAACCCGCUGUGUUUGCUGACAGCCAACCUACCCUGGAGUUCCGGAGCAGCCUCCUAGGAAGACUGGGGAGCGGUAGAAAGAUGGCUCUGCUGAGAUGAGCUCUUAAUUAAUGCACUGAGAGCCUGCGAGUCCCACCUCUCAACAGGAAUGAUUGACGUCCAAGGAUACAUAAAUUACACUAAUUGAGCUCUGCCUCUAUAUAAGCUUUCCACAGCCAACUCAUCAGAGAAGCUAGGCUUGUACCACAACCAAUACCCCUGCUUGGCAACUCUAAUGAGCAAACUGCCACAAAAUUGAGAGAGAACACACACCUUUUUGAUUUCCUGCUCUUCUAAGACACAGUGAUUUAGAAUUCCUGUUCAAGCAAGAGAACUAAAGACCUGUUUAAAGAAGAGAAGAGAGGCCAAUGAGACUCGAACCCUGAGCCUAAGUUGUAACCAGCAGGACUGAUGUGCACACAGAAGGAAUGAAGUAUGGAUGUGAAAGAACGCAGGCCUUAUUGCUCCCUGACCAAGAGCAGACGAGAGAAAGAACGGCGCUACACAAAUUCGUCCGCAGACAAUGAGGAGUGUCGGGUACCCACACAGAAGUCCUACAGUUCCAGCGAGACAUUGAAAGCUUUUGAUCAUGAUUCCUCACGGCUGCUUUACGGCAACAGAGUGAAGGAUUUGGUUCACAGAGAAGCAGACGAGUUCGCUAGACAAGGACAGAAUUUUACCCUAAGGCAGUUAGGAGUUUGUGAACCAGCAACUCGAAGAGGACUGGCAUUUUGUGCGGAAAUGGGGCUCCCUCACAGAGGUUACUCUAUCAGUGCAGGGUCAGAUGCUGAUACUGAAAAUGAAGCAGUGAUGUCCCCAGAGCAUGCCAUGAGACUUUGGGGCAGGGGGGUCAAAUCAGGCCGCAGCUCCUGCCUGUCAAGUCGGUCCAACUCAGCCCUCACCCUGACAGAUACGGAGCACGAAAACAAGUCUGACAGUGAGAACGAGCAACCUGCAAACAAUCAAGGCCAGUCUACCCUGCAGCCCUUGCCGCCUUCCCAUAAGCAGCACUCUGCACAGCAUCAUCCAUCCAUCACUUCUCUCAACAGAAACUCCCUGACCAAUAGAAGGAACCAGAGUCCGGCCCCGCCGGCUGCUUUGCCCGCCGAGCUGCAAACCACACCCGAGUCCGUCCAGCUGCAGGACAGCUGGGUCCUUGGCAGUAAUGUACCACUGGAAAGCAGGCAUUUCCUAUUCAAAACAGGAACAGGGACAACGCCACUGUUCAGUACUGCCACCCCAGGUUACACAAUGGCAUCUGGCUCUGUUUAUUCGCCGCCUACUCGGCCACUACCUAGAAACACCCUAUCAAGAAGUGCUUUUAAAUUCAAGAAAUCUUCAAAGUACUGUAGCUGGAAAUGCACUGCACUGUGUGCCGUAGGGGUCUCGGUGCUCCUGGCAAUACUCCUGUCUUAUUUUAUAGCAAUGCAUCUCUUUGGCCUCAACUGGCAGCUACAGCAGACCGAAAAUGACACAUUUGAGAAUGGAAAAGUGAAUUCUGAUACCAUGCCAACAAACACUGUGUCGUUACCUUCUGGAGACAAUGGAAAAUUAGGUGGAUUUAUGCAAGAAAAUAACACCAUAGAUUCCGGAGAACUUGAUAUUGGCCGAAGAGCAAUUCAAGAGGUUCCUCCUGGGAUCUUCUGGAGAUCACAGCUCUUCAUUGAUCAGCCACAAUUUCUUAAAUUCAAUAUCUCUCUUCAGAAGGAUGCAUUGAUUGGAGUAUAUGGCCGAAAAGGCUUACCGCCUUCCCAUACUCAGUAUGACUUCGUGGAGCUCCUGGAUGGCAGCAGGCUGAUUGCCAGAGAGCAGCGGAGCCUGCUUGAGACGGAGAGAGCUGGGCGGCAGGCGAGAUCUGUCAGCCUUCAUGAGGCCGGCUUUAUCCAGUACUUGGAUUCUGGAAUCUGGCAUCUGGCUUUUUAUAAUGAUGGGAAAAAUGCAGAGCAAGUGUCUUUUAAUACCAUUGUUAUAGAGUCUGUGGUGGAAUGUCCCCGAAAUUGCCAUGGAAAUGGAGAGUGUGUUUCUGGAACUUGCCAUUGUUUUCCAGGAUUUCUGGGUCCGGAUUGUUCAAGAGCGGCCUGUCCAGUGUUAUGUAGUGGCAACGGGCAGUACUCCAAAGGCCGCUGCCUCUGUUUCAGCGGCUGGAAGGGCACCGAGUGUGAUGUGCCGACUACCCAGUGUAUUGACCCACAGUGUGGGGGUCGUGGGAUUUGUAUCAUGGGCUCUUGUGCUUGCAACUCGGGAUACAAAGGAGAAAAUUGUGAAGAAGCUGACUGUCUAGACCCUGGGUGUUCUAAUCAUGGCGUGUGUAUCCAUGGGGAAUGUCAUUGCAGUCCAGGAUGGGGAGGUAGCAAUUGUGAAAUACUGAAGACCAUGUGUCCAGACCAGUGCUCUGGUCACGGAACAUAUCUUCAAGAAAGUGGCUCCUGCACGUGUGACCCUAAUUGGACUGGCCCAGACUGCUCAAACGAAAUAUGUUCUGUGGACUGUGGCUCACACGGUGUUUGCAUGGGGGGGACGUGUCGCUGUGAAGAAGGCUGGACGGGCCCGGCGUGUAAUCAGAGAGCCUGCCACCCCCGCUGUGCCGAGCACGGGACCUGCAAGGAUGGCAAGUGUGAAUGCAGCCAGGGCUGGAACGGAGAGCACUGCACUAUCGCUCACUAUUUGGAUAAGAUAGUUAAAGAGGGUUGUCCUGGUCUGUGCAACAGCAAUGGAAGAUGUACCCUGGACCAAAAUGGCUGGCAUUGUGUGUGCCAGCCUGGAUGGAGAGGAGCGGGCUGUGAUGUAGCCAUGGAGACUUUGUGCACAGAUAGCAAGGACAAUGAAGGAGAUGGACUCAUUGACUGCAUGGAUCCCGAUUGCUGCCUACAGAGUUCCUGCCAGAAUCAGCCCUAUUGUCGGGGCCUGCCGGAUCCUCAGGACAUCAUUAGCCAAAGCCUUCAAUCGCCUUCUCAGCAAGCUGCCAAAUCCUUUUACGAUCGAAUCAGUUUUCUUAUAGGAUCUGAUAGCACCCAUGUUAUACCUGGAGAAAGUCCUUUCAAUAAGAGCCUUGCAUCUGUCAUCAGGGGCCAAGUACUGACUGCUGAUGGAACUCCACUUAUUGGAGUAAAUGUCUCGUUUUUCCAUUACCCAGAAUAUGGAUAUACUAUUACCCGCCAGGAUGGAAUGUUUGACUUGGUGGCAAAUGGUGGGGCCUCUCUAACUUUGGUAUUUGAACGAUCCCCAUUCCUCACUCAGUAUCAUACUGUGUGGAUUCCAUGGAAUGUCUUUUAUGUGAUGGAUACCCUAGUCAUGAAAAAAGAAGAGAAUGAUAUUCCCAGCUGUGAUCUGAGUGGAUUCGUGAGGCCAAAUCCCAUCAUUGUGUCAUCACCUUUAUCCACCUUUUUCAGAUCUUCUCCUGAAGACAGUCCCAUCAUUCCUGAAACACAGGUACUCCACGAGGAAACUACAAUUCCAGGAACGGAUUUGAAACUCUCCUACUUGAGUUCCAGAGCUGCAGGGUAUAAGUCAGUUCUCAAGAUCACCAUGACCCAGUCUAUUAUUCCAUUUAAUUUAAUGAAGGUUCAUCUUAUGGUAGCUGUAGUAGGAAGACUCUUCCAAAAAUGGUUUCCUGCUUCACCAAACUUGGCCUAUACCUUCAUAUGGGAUAAAACAGAUGCAUACAAUCAGAAAGUCUAUGGUCUAUCUGAAGCUGUUGUGUCAGUUGGAUAUGAGUAUGAGUCGUGUUUGGACCUGACUCUGUGGGAAAAGAGGACUGCCAUUCUGCAGGGCUAUGAAUUGGAUGCAUCCAACAUGGGUGGCUGGACAUUAGAUAAACAUCACGUGCUGGAUGUACAGAACGGUAUACUGUACAAGGGAAACGGGGAAAACCAGUUUAUCUCCCAGCAGCCUCCAGUCGUGAGUAGUAUCAUGGGCAAUGGGCGAAGGCGCAGCAUUUCCUGCCCCAGUUGCAAUGGUCAAGCUGAUGGUAACAAGCUACUGGCCCCAGUGGCACUAGCUUGUGGGAUCGAUGGCAGUCUAUACGUAGGCGAUUUCAACUAUGUGCGGCGGAUAUUCCCUUCUGGGAACGUAACAAGUGUCUUAGAACUAAGAAAUAAAGAUUUUAGACAUAGCAGCAACCCAGCUCAUAGAUACUACCUUGCAACAGAUCCAGUCACAGGAGAUUUGUACGUUUCUGACACAAACACCCGCAGAAUUUAUCGCCCAAAGUCACUUACCGGGGCAAAAGACUUGACUAAAAAUGCAGAAGUCAUCGCAGGGACCGGGGAACAGUGCCUUCCGUUUGACGAAGCAAGAUGUGGGGAUGGAGGGAAGGCCGUGGAAGCCACACUCAUGAGUCCCAAAGGAAUGGCAGUUGAUAAGAAUGGAUUAAUCUACUUUGUUGAUGGAACCAUGAUUAGGAAAGUUGACCAAAAUGGAAUCAUAUCAACUCUCCUGGGCUCUAACGAUUUGACUUCAGCCAGACCUUUAACUUGUGACACCAGCAUGCACAUCAGCCAGGUACGUCUGGAAUGGCCCACUGACCUAGCCAUUAACCCUAUGGAUAACUCCAUUUAUGUCCUGGAUAAUAAUGUAGUUUUACAGAUCACUGAAAAUCGUCAAGUUCGCAUUGCUGCUGGACGGCCCAUGCACUGUCAGGUUCCUGGAGUGGAAUAUCCCGUGGGGAAGCACGCAGUGCAGACAACACUGGAAUCAGCCACUGCCAUUGCUGUGUCCUACAGUGGGGUCCUGUACAUUACUGAAACUGAUGAGAAGAAAAUUAACCGGAUAAGGCAGGUCACAACAGAUGGAGAAAUCUCCUUAGUGGCCGGAAUACCUUCAGAGUGUGACUGCAAAAAUGAUGCCAACUGUGACUGUUACCAGAGUGGAGAUGGCUACGCCAAGGAUGCCAGACUCAAUGCCCCAUCCUCCCUGGCUGCUUCUCCAGAUGGUACACUGUACAUUGCAGAUCUAGGGAAUAUCCGGAUCCGGGCUGUGUCAAAGAAUAAGCCUUUACUUAACUCUAUGAACUUCUAUGAAGUUGCGUCUCCAACUGAUCAAGAACUCUACAUCUUUGACAUCAAUGGUACUCACCAAUAUACUGUAAGUCUAGUCACUGGUGAUUACCUGUACAAUUUCAGCUACAGCAAUGACAAUGAUAUUACCGCUGUGACAGACAGCAAUGGCAACACCCUUAGAAUUAGACGGGACCCAAAUCGCAUGCCAGUUCGAGUGGUGUCUCCCGAUAACCAAGUGAUAUGGUUGACAAUAGGAACAAAUGGAUGUUUGAAAAGCAUGACUGCUCAAGGACUGGAAUUAGUUUUGUUUACUUACCAUGGCAAUAGUGGCCUUUUAGCCACUAAAAGCGAUGAAACUGGAUGGACAACGUUUUUUGACUAUGACAGUGAAGGUCGUCUGACAAAUGUUACGUUUCCAACUGGAGUGGUCACAAACCUGCAUGGGGACAUGGACAAGGCUAUCACAGUGGACAUUGAGUCAUCUAGCCGAGAAGAAGACGUCAGCAUCACUUCAAAUCUGUCCUCGAUCGAUUCUUUCUACACCAUGGUUCAAGAUCAGUUAAGAAACAGCUACCAGAUUGGUUAUGACGGCUCCCUUAGAAUUAUCUACGCCAGUGGCCUGGACUCACACUACCAAACAGAGCCGCACGUUCUGGCUGGCACCGCUAAUCCGACCGUUGCCAAAAGAAACAUGACUUUGCCUGGUGAGAACGGUCAAAACUUGGUGGAAUGGAGAUUCCGAAAAGAGCAAGCCCAAGGGAAAGUUAAUGUCUUUGGCCGCAAGCUCAGGGUUAAUGGCAGAAACCUCCUUUCAGUUGACUUUGAUCGAACAACAAAGACAGAAAAGAUCUAUGACGACCACCGUAAAUUUCUACUGAGGAUCGCCUACGACACGUCUGGGCACCCGACUCUCUGGCUGCCAAGCAGCAAGCUGAUGGCCGUCAAUGUCACCUAUUCAUCCACAGGUCAAAUCGCCAGCAUCCAGCGAGGCACCACUAGCGAGAAAGUAGAUUAUGAUGGACAGGGGAGGAUCGUAUCUCGGGUCUUUGCUGAUGGUAAAACAUGGAGUUACACAUAUUUAGAAAAGUCCAUGGUUCUUCUGCUUCAUAGCCAGCGGCAGUACAUCUUCGAAUACGAUAUGUGGGACCGCCUGUCUGCCAUCACCAUGCCCAGUGUGGCCCGCCACACCAUGCAGACCAUCCGAUCCAUUGGCUACUACCGCAACAUAUACAACCCCCCGGAAAGCAACGCCUCCAUCAUCACGGACUACAACGAGGAGGGGCUGCUUCUGCAAACAGCUUUCUUGGGUACAAGUCGGAGGGUCUUAUUCAAAUACAGAAGGCAGACUAGGCUCUCAGAAAUUUUAUAUGAUAGCACAAGAGUCAGUUUUACCUAUGAUGAAACAGCAGGAGUCCUAAAGACAGUAAACCUCCAGAGUGAUGGUUUUAUUUGCACCAUUAGAUACAGGCAAAUUGGCCCCCUGAUUGACAGGCAGAUUUUCCGCUUUAGUGAAGAUGGGAUGGUAAAUGCAAGAUUUGACUAUAGCUAUGACAACAGCUUUCGAGUGACGAGCAUGCAGGGUGUGAUCAAUGAAACUCCAUUGCCUAUUGAUCUCUAUCAGUUUGAUGACAUUUCCGGCAAAGUUGAGCAGUUUGGAAAAUUUGGAGUUAUAUAUUAUGAUAUUAACCAGAUCAUUUCUACAGCUGUAAUGACCUAUACGAAGCACUUUGAUGCUCAUGGCCGUAUCAAGGAAAUUCAAUAUGAGAUAUUCAGGUCGCUCAUGUACUGGAUUACAAUUCAGUAUGACAACAUGGGUCGGGUAACCAAGAGAGAGAUUAAAAUAGGGCCCUUUGCCAACACCACCAAAUAUGCUUAUGAAUAUGAUGUUGAUGGACAGCUCCAAACAGUUUACCUCAAUGAAAAGAUAAUGUGGCGGUACAACUACGAUCUGAAUGGAAACCUCCAUUUACUGAACCCAAGUAACAGUGCACGUCUGACACCCCUUCGCUAUGACCUGCGAGACAGAAUCACUCGACUGGGUGAUGUUCAAUAUCGGUUGGAUGAAGAUGGUUUCCUACGUCAAAGGGGCACGGAAAUCUUUGAAUAUAGCUCCAAGGGGCUUCUAACUCGAGUUUACAGUAAAGGCAGUGGCUGGACAGUGAUCUACCGUUAUGACGGCCUGGGAAGGCGUGUUUCUAGCAAAACCAGUCUAGGACAGCACCUGCAGUUUUUUUAUGCUGACCUAACUUAUCCCACUAGGAUUACUCACGUCUACAACCAUUCGAGUUCAGAAAUUACCUCCCUGUAUUAUGAUCUCCAAGGACAUCUUUUUGCCAUGGAAAUCAGCAGUGGGGACGAAUUCUACAUUGCAUCAGAUAACACAGGGACGCCACUGGCUGUGUUCAGUAGCAAUGGGCUUAUGCUGAAACAGAUUCAGUACACUGCAUAUGGUGAAAUCUAUUUUGACUCCAAUAUUGACUUUCAACUGGUAAUUGGAUUUCAUGGUGGCCUGUAUGACCCACUCACCAAAUUAAUCCACUUUGGAGAAAGAGAUUAUGACAUUUUGGCAGGGCGGUGGACAACACCUGACAUAGAAAUCUGGAAAAGAAUUGGGAAGGACCCAGCUCCUUUUAACUUGUAUAUGUUUAGGAAUAAUAACCCUGCAAGCAAAAUCCAUGACGUGAAAGAUUACGUCACAGAUGUUAACAGCUGGCUGGUGACAUUUGGUUUCCAUCUGCACAACGCUAUUCCUGGAUUCCCUGUUCCCAAAUUUGAUUUAACAGAACCUUCUUACGAACUUGUGAAGAGUCAGCAGUGGGAUGAUACACCGCCCAUCUUCGGAGUCCAGCAGCAAGUGGCGCGGCAGGCCAAGGCCUUCCUGUCGCUGGGGAAGAUGGCCGAGGUGCAGGUGAGCCGGCGCCGGGCCGGCGGCGCAAAGUCCUGGCUGUGGUUCGCCACAGUCAAGUCGCUGAUCGGCAAGGGCGUCAUGCUGGCCGUCAGCCAGGGCCGCGUGCAGACCAACGUGCUCAAUAUCGCCAACGAGGACUGCAUCAAGGUGGCGGCCGUGCUCAACAACGCCUUCUACCUAGAGAACCUGCACUUCACCAUCGAGGGCAAGGACACGCAUUACUUCAUCAAGACCACCACGCCCGAGAGCGACCUGGGCACGCUGCGGCUGACCAGCGGCCGCAAGGCGCUGGAGAACGGCAUCAACGUGACGGUGUCGCAGUCCACCACGGUGGUGAACGGCAGGACGCGCAGGUUCGCGGACGUGGAGAUGCAGUUCGGCGCGCUGGCGCUGCACGUGCGUUACGGCAUGACCCUGGACGAGGAGAAGGCGCGCAUCCUGGAGCAGGCGCGGCAGCGCGCGCUCGCCCGGGCCUGGGCGCGCGAGCAGCAGCGCGUGCGCGACGGCGAGGAGGGCGCGCGCCUCUGGACGGAGGGCGAGAAGCGGCAGCUGCUGAGCGCCGGCAAGGUGCAGGGCUACGACGGGUACUACGUACUCUCGGUGGAGCAGUACCCCGAGCUGGCCGACAGCGCCAACAACAUCCAGUUCCUGCGGCAGAGCGAGAUCGGCAGGAGGUAACGCCCGGGCCGCGCCCGCCGAGCCGCUCACGCCCUGCUCACAUCGUCCCGUGGCACGACCCGAGUGGGACUCUCCAACGCCCAAGAGCCUUCCUCCCGGGAGAACGAGACUGCUGUUACGACCCACACCGCAAAAACAAGGACCGCUUUUUUCUGAAUGACCUUAAAGGUGAUCGGCUUUAACGAAUAUGUUUACAUAUGCAUAAGCGCUGCACUCAGUCGGACUGAACGUAGCCAGAGAAGAAAACAUCAUCAAGGACAAAGGCCUCGAUCUUUUGCGCUGGGCCGUCUGUUCCUUCGAGGCACUGUAUUUAACUAACUUUAAAAAAGAAAAAAAAAUGCAUACAGUGUUUCCAAAUAGUCCUGAAUUGUCGACCUUUGCUUACAAGAAGUAGUCUGUCUGCAUAGGAUGUGAUAGCUAUAUCUCUGUUCAUUUUACAAUGUGGGGCAAAGUUAACUGUUUCUAGACAACUCAACUGCUUUCCCUGUGCAGCUUUGUAGAAGGACAUUGGCACAGUGACUUCUGCGGCGGGGAUUUAUUAAUGGAUUUUACAAUGCUAACGUGGUUUGCCUUCGGGGAAAAAACUGGCAACUAGAAUCCUUGUCACUGAUAAGCAAAGGAAAUCCUGAUUUUUUUUGUAAAUUAUGUGAGACAAGUUGUUUAUGGAUUUUUAUAUGAAUUACAAUUUACUGUACAUCAAAUAUUAGUCUCAGAGGAGUUAAUUUAUGUAAAGUGUUUAAAAAGUUUAUACUUAAAAAUAAAAUGAUAAAAACAUGUGAACUGUGUGAUUUUUUAAAAGGAUUGCACCUUUUGUUAUCUGUUAUAGCUGUACAGUAUAAAUUAUUAUAUUGUAGAGAUAUAACUUAUGCCUAUAAUGUCCAGAAGUGUUAAUAUUUUUGUAUUAGGUUGAAAAAAUGUGCAAGCUUCUAUCACUAGAUGGAUAGGACCGUGCAAUUCUAGGUGGGUGGUGAAUCAGAGAGCUCCUUUCUCUUCCCUCUCUCACGCAUCAGGCCAGUGUCCUCAGCAUUGUCAACUGAGAGACACAGUAGACAACUAGGGCUGGUGGAAUGUAAGGGAAGAUUCGAAGAAACGGGAGGAAGGGUUCUCUGGCCCUUUCUCAACCUUGCAAGUCAAUGGGGAGUUGAUAUAAUUAACCCCGGGGUUUUUACUGUUACUGUUCCACAGCUCUGUCUCACGAUGGAAGAGAGACCACAUCAGAUGCUGGGGAAACAGGAGGAGGAAAGGAUCUGAUGUGGUCGUGAUCCUAAACACGUGUCUUAAGAUCUAGGAAAGACAGCAGAAACCGAGCAGUGGUGGGUGAGCCAGAUGGAGCUGGUCAGGGUUACUCUAAGCCCACAUGACCAAACCGUCUUAGGGGCUGGUUUGAAUGACAGCCUCUGCUCUGUCUCGGGGAAGCCUGGGGUGGCAGAUCCAGCUGGAAGUGAACUGACAGCCGCGCCCUGCUGCACACAUGCAUGCACGCGUGUGGGAACGAGCCCAGCCGCCAUCUGCACUUCCGUGUCGGCUCAGCUCUGACAAAUCUCUUUCCUGAGCACUAAAUUCAGCCACAAAAAUAUUUUUAGAAGAUAUUUCUCAGUUCAUUGAGCUAUAGUACACACUGUUUCCCUCUAUGUAUAAUGGUGAUAAAAUAUAGCAAGUGAACAUGUCGUAAAUAUAAAGGUUCAAGUGAUGUAUUGAGAAUAAUUUUCUAACUGCUUUGUAUGUAUCACAUACUCUAAAUUGCACAGUAGGCGUGUUUAUUAAACAGAUUGGCUGGGAAAGUUUCAAAAUAGCUACUGAAUUUACAGUAUCAGUGCUAUUACUGUCUUUGUGUAUUUGGUAGAGCAUACCGAAGUAAUUAAUCUUCUAAUGAAUGCUGAUAUUUUAUUAGAAUGAAAGCACAGAUUAGCAUUAAUAUUUUUUAUCCUGGAAAUCCUUUGGCAAGUAUUAUGAGGCCCAAAUUUAGAAAACUAUGAGAUUUCAAACCACAUAAACAUAAUUCUGCUUUCCAUUUUAUUUUUUAACUGUUAACUUAGGUAUUUGCAGUUCUGUUCCGUGGAACUUCUGCAGGCCUGUAUUUAGCAUGCUGUAAGUACUUUUGGGUGAAAUAGGCUCUGAGUCUAAAUUCUCAGACAUGUUUCUGAUGUGUUACCAUGAAAAGCUUGUGCCACAUGACAGAAGUGAAAUCAUAGUCUUAACCUCUUCUUGACAUGGACUGGUCUUCACACGGGCACCAAUAAAUAACAGAUUUGGAGUAUCUCCUGGUGCUUAUUUUCGAUGAAGUCAAAUCAACCCAAUUAGUGUCUUGUUAGUAGGUAUAAUGAGCCUAUUUCUUUCUGAAAAGACUUGUGAUCUGGACAUGCUUUUACAAGAAAUAGUGACCUUGGGGAAUAUGUAAACAAAAGACCUUUUUCUAAGAGUUGGGAGGGGGUGGGGGACUGUAUAAUGAAAAGAAUUAGCUUACAAAAAAGAAAUUGAUAUUCAAAGUAUUUUAGGCAAAGCCAGUCAAAAUGCUUUCAUGAUAUUUUGAGAUGUAAAUUUUGUCUGAUUUGUAUUGUUCUUUUCAUUUGCCUUCUUAACUUUAUAUGUGACCUGAAUUUUCCAUAACUUGAUGACUAUAGAUUGCAUCUAGGCAUUCCAAUAAAAGCCAACCCAAUGUG